AUGUCCAUUCACGCUAUUACGACGCAUGAUGAUGAACGAAAUCAUGCUCACGCCAACACUUCUUCUCACAACAACACACUAGAGCCAGACAACAUAUACUCCCCUCGCCAAGUAGAUGGCCACAUGUCUACUAUGUCAGAUUCCCUACCACCAUGGGACACCUCGGAUGGAUUCCGGCGGUAUUCGUCAGCAGCAGAAUCGUCCACGUCCAAUCAGGACAACAGCCCAGCCUCGACUCCAUCCGUCACACAAAUGACUAGUAGUAGUCCUUCAGCAACACGGUAUGCACAGGAUAUCCCAUUAUCUUUAGCUGAACGUCGACAGCGUAACAAAGCGGCUUCUGCCAAAUAUAGAGCGAAAAAGCAUGCCGUCACGGCUCAAAUGUCCAGCAAAAUCGAUGAACUUACUGCCAGUAAUGCACAGCUUCAACGUGAACUGGACGAUGCGCAUAUGGAGAAUCGAAAAUUAAAAGAUCGGUGCGAAGACUUACGGCGACAGCUGGGAGCAAAAUACCAUGGGAUGCUCGACUCACCUCAAGACGGUAAAAAGCGAAAAGGUCUGGAAGGCACAAGGACGACGUCAACAAGUGCUCCUCCCAAUUUGCCUUCCAGGUCCAAGAGUAUAAAAAGCAAAUCAAAAAAAUAG